CCACGCUUCCUCCGUGCCGAGGAGAAGGGAGAAGCGCUCUCUCUCUCUCUCUCGCUCUCGCGCGCGCGCUCGCCUCUCUCUUCCAAGUCAACCGUUCUUGCCUCUUCGGGCUUUCUGCUUUCCAUUCUCCGCCUCCAAAAUCCGAUCGCACGUCUUCAAUCAUCCAUCCCCUUCGUUACCGCCGCCUCGGGGUUCCUUUUACCAUGAUUUUUCGGCUUUUUAAUGCUGUGUUUCUUCUACCUUUGGAAUGCUGAUUUCACUAGGGCUUUCCUCCGCAAUGCAGCCCUUUCUACCAAUCUGGAUUAAUGAGGAUUGUUUUACUGUCUUUUGGAUGUUUAGGAUUCCGUUUAUGUGGUGAAGUCGCUCCCAAGUCAAGUCCUUUCUUUCUCUCCUGCGUGGUGAUCGCUAGGUCGUUGGGUUUCUUGUGAUCCUUUUUCGUGGUAGGGCGACGAUCGAAUGGACCAGUAUGAGAAGGUGGAGAAGAUUGGAGAGGGGACCUACGGGGUGGUGUACAAGGCCCGGGAUCGUCUCACCAAUGAGACGAUAGCUCUGAAGAAGAUCCGGCUGGAAAACGAGGACGAGGGGGUUCCAAGCACUGCCAUCAGAGAGAUCUCUCUGCUGAAGGAAAUGCAGCACAACAACAUUGUCAGAUUGCAGGAUGUAGUCCACAGCGAGAAAAGGAUUUAUUUAGUCUUCGAGUAUCUUGACUUAGACUUGAAGAAGCACAUGGAUUCUUGCCCGGAACUUGCUAAAGAUCCACGAUUAGUCAAAACAUAUUUGCAUCAGAUACUUCGCGGCAUUGCCUAUUGUCAUUCUCAUAGGAUUCUUCAUCGGGAUCUGAAGCCUCAAAAUCUUUUGAUUGAUCGGCGAACUAAUGCAUUGAAGCUUGCAGACUUUGGGCUUGCUAGAGCUUUCGGUAUUCCUGUUAGGACAUUUACACAUGAGGUAGUAACACUCUGGUAUAGAGCACCAGAAAUCCUCCUUGGAUCCAGGCAUUAUUCUACACCUGUGGACGUGUGGUCAAUAGGCUGUAUUUUUGCUGAAAUGGUGAAUCGGCGACCAUUGUUCCCUGGAGACUCUGAGAUUGAUGAAUUAUUUAAGAUAUUCAGAGUGUUGGGUACCCCUAAUGAAGACACUUGGCCUGGAGUUACUUCCUUACCAGACUUCAAAUCUGCUUUCCCCAAGUGGCUUUCCAAGGACCUGGUGACAGUAGUUCCAAAUCUUGCAGCUGCAGGAGUUGAUCUUCUUUCUAAAAUGCUAUGCUUAGACCCAAGUAAAAGAAUCACAGCUCGACAAGCUCUGGAGCAUGAGUAUUUCAAGGAUCUUGGACUGGUGCCAUGAGUAAUGUCCUCAUGACUCAUGGCAAAUUAUCAGCUAGGGCAACAAAAUUCUGCAGCUCAUCUUUAUAUCUCUGCUACCUCUGCUACCCAUCAUGGUUGCCUUCAAAAUCAUCAGAUGUUCCCUACUAGGAUCGUCAACAUUCACAUCUUGACAUGAUCUCAGUUUGGUACAAAGAAGCCCCAUUCAUAGUUCACCUAUAUUACUUAGUAUAACAAUUUAUGACAAGUUUUGUAUUUGUAUGUGCUCUCUCUCUCUCUCUCUCUCUCUCUCUCUCUCUUGUUUUGCACCUAUUUCUUGUUUGUUAUUGACCUCUUUAGAGAGAAUUAAGUAUCACGUGUAUGCUUGAAAUAUUUUCCUUGCUGUUCUGUUUGCAGAAAUAUUAUUUCUGGUAUUCAUGCUACAA